UUGGGCUUAUCCUUAGGCUUAGAUUGACUAAACCUACUUAGUUUCUAGAUUUAGAUCUAAUAAGUUAGUCUAGAGUUAGAGUAACACCUUUUUAGUUUUAGUAAAAUCACGACACUUCAUUUUUCUAAAUUAAAGAUAGAAAACUAACAAGAAAUAAUUAAAAAACAAACACCAAAAUCAUUAAGCGUAGUCCGUAGGCGUAGUUCAAGUUGUACCAUUGAAUUCAUUGAUGAUUGAAUGAAUGAUUAGAUUUGAAUGAAAUGGCAUCUAUACCUCAGUUUGCUGUUGUUACAACUUUUGGAAAAUAUGUCAACAUUCUUGAAAAAAACACCAAACAUACAGUAGUUGUAGAAGCUCCCUAUGUUGUAAAAACUGCAGCAUUAUCCACUCACCAAGGAGCAACAUUUGCCUGUUUAACUACGUUAGAUGACAAACUGUGGACAGUUUCAUUGGUUCAAGCCCCUAAACAGAUAUCUGACAGUGUUUGCUGUGAAGAUGAAGAAGACUUUAUGGAUUCAGACGACAUUUUCGGUGAACUUCUGGAUCCGAACAAUGAUGGAGAAACAUGCCACCAAGAGUGGCUGCCAUUACAUAGUGACCCAAAUGUUACGAAAAUAACUGUAAAAGCUGAUGACCUGUUAUAUAGGUCAGACCUACCCAUCCUUGAUGUUGCAUUGUGGAAUAAUUUGGUUGCCAUAAUUCACGAAGACUCAGAUAAAUCUAUUUUAAGAGUUUUCAGGAUUGAAGAGCAGGAAAUCUCUCACAAAAUGAAACGGCUUUUAAAAGUUAUGCAGAAUAUUGACCUUGGAGUUAAUGCGAACCUUUUUAAAGGUGAAGCACGUCAGAAAAGAUUGUAUUUUGUUCUUCAGCAAGAAAAGUUUUCUGGCUCCCAGAAUUAUUCCCCAUCUUUAGUUCAUUUACCCAAGGCUAUGUUUAUAUCAUUGUUUGGAAGGGAGGCAAGUGUGUUCAACUCACCUGUUUUGUUGGUAUGUUUGAACUCGGGAAAAGUUAUGUCCCAUGUCAUUGGACAUAACAAGCAUCAAAGCUCGUCACCUAGACUUCCUGUCAUCUGUCAGUUGAACUCUGACAUUGUGACUGUGUGUCAGGUUUUUGUAAAGUGGCCAGAAGAGCAAAAUGGACAAACCCAAGAUAUCAUUUCUGCUCUGUCAUCAGCCUUGCAGGCAAAAAAUCCUAGAUUAAAUAAAGACAGUGAGAAAGAGGCUGGGACUGAAGUAGGCUUUCUGAUUAUCAGCGUCACUGGUGAAUGCUGCUUGAUUGUAUCUCAAGGUCAAGAAACUUCAUCUCCAUCUGUUUUAUUAUUUUCAUUACCCUCUGAAGUACAGAGUUGCAUUGUUCAAGGGAGACAACUGGUUUAUAGCACUCAAAACUCUGUGGAGGUCUGUGAGCUCAAACUUUGUCAAGUACCUGGCCACUGUCAGUUAUCAGUUGUGCCAGAAAAUAAAACUCUGCUCAGGAAAGUGAAAAUUUCAAAUUUGGUUUCUUGCCUGUCAGAUGGUCAUAAAAAUGAGGAUGAUACUGUUGUAGCUGUAACAAAUGACUUGAAAGUGUUAGAAAUUUCCGUCAGAUCUGAAGAACCAAAUAUUUCACUUGAAGCAAGUUCGCUAUCUUUUUCUGAUAUUCUUCACAACAUAGGUCAGUGCACUGAAAAAAUUAAAGAAAUAAAAACUAAAUCUUCUUCCUUGGACUCCUUUUUGGUUCAGAUGAACAUCCUGGCAAGUUUGAAACAAGGACAUGAAGAUUUGAGCAGCACACAGCAAACUGGCCAGGCAGAGCCAAUCAUUAGCUGCUCAUGUGACAUUGUAUCAACAAUAGAUGGCUAUAGCAGACACUGGGCAUUGAAUAUAGGGCUUUUAAACCAAAGUUCUGUUGCUUUAUCCAGUGAUUGGUCUCUUGCUGUUCUUGUCUGUUCACUAGACCCCGUCGAACAUCAGCAGGAACACAUCUCUAAAGUCCACACGUUUUCAUUGUCACAAAGACUGCCAUCCAAAAGUAGACUUGAAUUUCAUGUGCCAGUUAAUACUUUUGUACUGGGGAAAACUUGUCCAAAGUUACUAGUGACCUUGUCCUUAGUCCUACAUUUUAAAAACUUACAUUUCUUGCCAGAUAGUUUUAAAAAUCAAUGCCAAAAAGGAAUCUGUGUUUUCUUAACUUCAAAAACUUUGGACAUUUUGAACUUUGUUUACCAGUUACCUCCUGGAGAUACAUCACAGGCUACUGGUAACAUCAAUGAAGGUUGUGUCGACAAAUGUGUUAACCAGCUGGCUGAAGCGCGAGUCAAGGGCAGCGUUUCUAGUUUUGCAACAGUAUCUUGUAGUCUAAGUACCACAGUUGGAAUACCUGCUGCUGCAGCUAGGAAGUUUGCCAGCUCGUGUGAUGUGUUGGAAUUAUUGCUGCCAUUGUUAGACAAAGGAUUGUUUACAAAUUCGUCCUGCCAACUUCAGAUGCCAUCCGGUGCUCUUCUGGUGAUCUCUGUGGGUAACACCACACAAGACCCUGAUCUAGUCAGACUGUCACAUGAUCUUAAGUAUUUUGUGACCAUAAGAAGCAGCGAUGUAGUCCUUCUAAGUGAAAUGAGAGACGCUGUCAAAAAUAAACUUAAGAUAAACCACAAACUUGGUGACAAGCUGGAAACAAGGUCAAACGUUGAGCUGCAACAAAUUUUAGACAGGGCAGAGAUUGUCAAAGAGUUUUUAUGCCAAUGUCUAAUGAAUUCCUCCAAUGAAAAUGUUUCAAAGAUAGCAUGUGACAUGUUGAAUAAGUUUGAAUCUGUGGAAUGUUUAAUUUGAUCUUGAAAUGUUGGUUAAUAAAAGUGAUUUAUAUGGA